GCUAUGCCUGUCGGAACAUCUCCACCUCCCCUGCCCUCCAGACCAGAACCCACGUGAGCUGUGACAUCAAAGGCGAUGUCGCUGUCGUUCGCUUCAACACGCCGAACUCCAAGGUGAACACCCUGUCCAAGCAGCUGAGUGCAGAGUUCACUGAAGUCAUGAACGAGAUCUGGGCCAAUGAAGCUGUCAGGAGUGCUGUGCUCAUCUCCUCCAAGCCAGGCUCCUUCAUUGCUGGAGCAGAUCUCAACAUGCUUGAAGCCUGCAAGACUUCUCAGGAAGUGACUCAGCUCUCUCAGGAUGGACAGAAGAUGCUGGAGAAGAUUGAGCACUCUCCAAAGCCUGUAGUUGCUGCCAUCAGUGGGAGCUGCCUGGGAGGAGGACUGGAGGUUGCCAUUGCCUGUCACUACAGAGUAGCAACAAAGGACAAGAAAACAGUCUUGGGAACACCUGAAGUGUUACUGGGUCUCCUGCCAGGAGCUGGGGGGACUCAGAGGCUGCCAAAGAUGGUGGGACUUCCUGCUGCCUUUGACAUGAUGCUGACUGGGAGGAACAUCCGUGCUGACAAAGCGAAGAAGAUGGGGCUGGUGGACCAGCUGGUGGAACCACUAGGGCCAGGAGUGAAGACCCCCGAAGCACGAACCAUGGAGUACCUGGAGGAGGUGGCCAUCAGCUUUGCCAGAGGACUGGCCAAUAAGACUGUGUCUGCCAAGAAGUCCAAAGGGCUGGUGCAGAAGAUAACAGACUAUGCCAUGGCUCUUCCCUUUGUGAGGCAGCAAGUUUACAAGACAGUGGAGAGCAAAGUUCAGAAACAAACCAAAGGACUCUACCCUGCUCCGCUGAAGAUCAUCGAGGUUGUGAAGACUGGUCUGGACCAGGGCCGUGAUGCGGGGUACCUGGUGGAAGCCCAGAGCUUCGGCCAUCUUGCACUGACGAAGGAAUCCAAGGCACUGAUGGGACUCUACCAUGGGCAGGUGCAGUGCAAGAAGAACAAGUUUGGAACACCUCAGCGAGAGGUCAAGACUCUGGCUGUGCUGGGAGCAGGACUCAUGGGAGCUGGCAUUGCCCAGGUGUCUGUGGAUAAGGGCAUGAGGACCAUUCUGAAGGACACAGCUCAGAAGGGCCUGGACAGAGGACAGCAGCAGGUCUUCAAGGGGCUGAGCGGCAAGGUCAAGAAGAAGAGCCUGACAUCGUUUGAGAGGGACUCCAUUCUGAGCAACCUGAUGGGCCAGCUGGACUACAAGGGCUUUGAGAAGGCUGACAUGGUCAUCGAGGCUGUGUUUGAGGACAUCAACAUCAAACACAAAGUGCUGAAGGAGGUGGAGGCAGUGAUCCCUGCUCACUGCAUCUUUGCCAGUAACACCUCUGCCCUGCCCAUCAGCAAGAUUGCUGCUGCCAGCAAGAGGCCUGAGAAGGUGAUUGGGAUGCACUACUUCUCCCCUGUGGACAGGAUGCAACUGCUGGAAAUCAUCACCACGGACAAGACCUCCCAGGACACAGCAGCUUCUGCCGUUGCUGUUGGCCUCAAACAGGGCAAAGUGGUCAUCGUGGUGAAGGAUGGGCCUGGAUUCUACACCACCAGGUGCCUGGGGCCGAUGCUGGCAGAGGUGGUCCGAGUUCUCCAGGAGGGCAUUGACCCGAAGAAAGUAGAUGCCAUCUCCACAGGCUUUGGGUUCCCGGUGGGAGGCGUGGACGUGGCCACACACGUGGCCGAGGAUCUCGGCAAGGCCUUCGGCGAGCGCUUCGGCGGGGGCAGCAUCGAGCUCUUCAAGCUCAUGGUGCAGAAAGGCUUCCUAGGUCGCAAGGCAGGGAAAGGCUUUUAUGUUUACCAGGAGGGAGUGAAGAACAGGAGUGUGAACUCUGGCAUGGAGGAGAUCCUGGCGCAGUUUAAGGUGCCGGCGAACCCUGACGUCUGCACCGAGGAGGACAUCCAGAUGCGCUUGGUGUCGAGGUUUGUGAACGAGGCAGCCAUGUGCCUGCAGGAGGGGAUCCUCAGCAACCCCGUGGAGGGGGAUAUUGGUGCUGUGUUCGGCCUGGGCUUCCCCCCGUGCCUGGGAGGCCCUUUCAGGUUCGCAGACUCCUUCGGCGCGAAGCAGCUGGUGGAUAAGCUGCGCAAGUACGAGGCCGUGUACGGUGUCCAGUUCACGCCGUGCCAGCUGCUGCUGGACCAUGCCAACAGCCCUGGCAAGAAGUUCCACCACUGA